UGCAUGAAGAAGAAAAACGUCGGGUGCAGCCCCUAUGAGAAAAUGGAAUCUAGUUCCGGCCCGAUCAAAUUCAUGGCGUGAGAAAUCAUUAUUGACUGAGAAUUAAUUUUAAUGUGGCAGAAGAGAGGAAGAGAAUCGAAGAGGACGAAAUGGAACAAUAAAGCCAUACUCCAUUGUAGCCACUUGCCAAUAUUAGGCAAAGCAAAGUCGAAACCAAAAUCGAAGUAAAAUGGGCGCACAGAAGAAAAGCGGCGCUAGGGUUUCCGAGGACCCCGACGAACUGGUGCGGAUUCCGUUGCAGGCCAUUCUCUUGGCUGAUAGUUUCACCACCAAGUUCAGACCUAUAACGCUUGAACGCCCCAAAGUGCUGCUUCCGCUCGUGAAUGUUCCGAUGAUAAAUUACACGCUGACUUGGCUCGAAUCCGCCGGCGUCGAAGAGGUUUUCGUGUUCUGCUGUUCUCACUCCAAGCAGGUCAUUAACUACCUCGAGAAAUCCGAGUGGCUAUCUCAACCGAGUUUCACGGUGACGACUAUAGAAUCGCAGAACUCUGUCAGCGCCGGAGAUGCUCUCCGCGUAAUCUACGAGCGCAAUGUGAUACAAGGAGACUUUGUCCUUAUCAGUGGAGAUACUGUGAGCAACAUGUCGCUUACUCAGGCACUUCUGGAACAUAAAGAAAGGAGGAAGAAAGAUAAUAAUGCAGUAAUGACUAUGGUCAUUAAACGGUCAAAGCCGAAUCCAGCUAUCCAUCAAUCUCGACUUGGUACUGAUGAACUUUUUAUGGCUAUUGAUCCUAAUACCAAACAGCUUGUGUAUUAUGAGGAUAGGGCAGACCAAUCAAGAGGGACACUACAGCUUGACAAGUCAUUGCUUGUUGAUAAUCCUUCGCUCUCUCUGCAUCAUGAUAAGCAGGAUUGUUACAUUGACAUUUGCUCGCAAGAAGUACUUAGUCUAUUUACAGACAAUUUUGACUACCAACAUCUACGGCGUCAUUUUGUCAAGGGAUUGCUUCUUGAUGAUAUAAUGGGGUACAAAAUUUUUGUUCAUGAAAUCCACUCAGACUAUGCUGCAAGGAUUGAUAAUUUCCGAAGUUAUGAUACUGUCAGCAAGGAUAUAAUUCAUCGAUGGACUUAUCCACUGGUGCCAGAUGUAAUGAAUUUUGGCCAUACUGCGACUAAACUUGAACGACAAGGAAUGUACCGUGCUUUAGAAAUAUCACAAUCGCAGUCUGCUGUUAUUGGCCCUUUCACUGUCAUUGGAUCUGGCACCAAAAUUGGGAAUAACAGUAAAAUUUUGAAUUCCGUUAUUGGCGAAGGAUGUAAAAUUGGGUCAAAUGUUAUCAUAGAGGGAUGCUAUAUAUGGGAUAACAUCAUCAUAGAAGAUGGCUGUAAACUCCAGCAUGCAAUUGUAUGUGAUGGAGUGAUUAUAAAGUCAGGGGCUGUUCUGGAACCUGGUGUUAUUUUGUCUUUUAAGGUUGUAGUUGGGCCAGAGUUUGUUGUUCCUGCGUAUUCACAAGUAUCUCUUUUUCAGCAGCCAAUUGAGGAGGACAGUGACGAGGAGCUUGAAUAUGCUGAUAGUACUAGUGUCAUAGGCAGCCAAGUGGAUAAAUCAGAUGUAGAGAUUGCUUCCAAAGUAUUGGAGACAAAUUUUAGUCCGGCUUCUCAGCUAGGUGUGGGUGGGGCAGGUCAUGUUUGGUCAACAUGUGAAGGUGGCCUCGAAGAAGAGUGGAGGCACUCGGUGGCGCCUAUUCCUAAAGAUAAAAUUCAGGAGGCAAUCAAAACUAUGGAAGAUGAUAUGGAGUUUGCUACGGAUGACGUUUUUCUCCCACCUUCUGGAGAACUGAAACCUAAUUCUAAUGAUUCAGAUGAUGAUGAUCAUGAAGAUUCUAGAGAUGACUCUUAUUACUUUGAGAAAGAGGUUGAAGCAACCUUUCUUAGAGCUGUGCAUGAAAACAUACAAGAAAGCCAUUUGAUCUUAGAAAUCAAUUCUUUGAAGUUGUCAUACAAUAAAGAAACUUCUGACUGUGCUGGAGCAUUAUUUUAUGCCAUGAUGAAGUAUGCUUUAGACAUCCCCCAUAGUUCAUCUGGUGAGCUUUUCCCCUUUUCAACUGUUACAUAAUCUUUUUAAUCUUUUCCAUCUGUUUCUUUAUAUAG